AUGGAUGAACAAAAGCAAUUUUGUUUAAAAAUGUUGAAAAAUCUGCGAGAAGAGGUUAAUUGGGAGAUCGAAGAGGAGCGACGUGGGUUUUUCCGAAAAUUUCAUGUUUUAGUCAAAAAUUGGUUCGGAGAACUUCCUAACCUCCGGGACUUUUUUAGUCCCGAAGAAAUUGAAUCGAUCAUCGUGGAGAGUAUGAGGAACAAAGACGAUCCCGACCGCAUCGACGACGAUUUUUCAUUCAUCAAGUUUGUAAUCGACACAGGCUACAAGGACGAGCCCAAAUUGGAUAAAGAUGGCAAGCCCCUGGUGAAUCGUAAGACACCACUGCAUCACGCGGUUACAAAUUACUGUUAUGUCAUCCCUGGCCUUUUCAACAUAUACGACAGAUUUGACGUGAAUUACGCGGACGAAUCUGGAUACACCCAUUUUCAUGCGGCCUGCAUGCUACCACAUUGUGUGGAGGUCGUCGAGCGAUUUCUCGAGCUCGGACAAGAUCCCAAUUGCCUCACCUCAGAAACAGGUGAUUCGCCGCUACUCAUAGCUGCGGACAGUGAAAACGAGAGGGUAGUCGAACUGCUGCUGGAAAAUGGCGCCGACCCCAAUUUAGCCGCCAAGGACGGCAUAACUCCCCUGCACUGUAUUUCUUUCAGUUAUAACGAGCAGAUGGUGAUGAAAUUCUUCAAAAUCAACAAUGACAAACAUCAGCCGUUGUUGAUAAACGCCCAGAACUACUUGGGUUCCACGCCACUUCACUGUGCUACAGAAUGCGGCUUCUACGAGACUGUCAAAUUGCUGCUAAGAAAAGGAGCCAAUCCAAAUUUGGUCAACGAAAAGGGUUGGACACCUCUGCACUUUAUUUGCCGUAGAGACGACGAUAGUGAAUACUUUGCGAAGAUAUUUUUCGAGAUCAACGACGAAAAACACCAGAUGGUGGAGGUCAAUGCCCCAGACAAGUUGGGCCGGACACCGCUGCAAUUAGCUGUGACGAAUCUUCAACCACUUACUGCGGAAAUUCUCUUGAGUCGUGGUGCUGACAUGUCUUGCAUCGUUUUUCCCACUGAGAUUCAAUUUCCCGAGGGAUUCGAUCUUGAAUUCAAGGAUAAUUGGCUGAAUAUCAAAUUUAGACUAGUGUCUGGCGCCUUGGCCGUCGUUGAGUGCCUAGAAAAAAGAGGAUACCAAUUGUACCGAAGCAACGCCAUGAACAUCAUGAAAUUGUUCGCUGAAAACGGAUUUUUCGAGAUGCCAGCGAAUAUUCAAAAACGUUGGUAUGAUGACGAGCAAUUCGCGGAAAAAGCGAAAAACAACAUGUUAAAUAAAAAUCUGUCACUAUACGACGUGGUUCAGUUGAAACCUGAAGAAGUGGAAAAACGACUCACGUGUUCGGAUUACUUCGCGUUCGCUUGCUACGAUGAUUUCACAGAUUUACCUGAAGGGACCAAAGAGGCUUGUGCUGUACAUCUGAGCGAGAUAAUGGCAAGAAGAUUUUUCCGUGAAUGGGCCCUGGAAUCUUUGUUGAAGCUAACACGUUAUAAGCUGCCUAUUCUAUGCUGUGAAGUGAUUAUUAAUAAGUUGAUGAACAAAGAUUUGUAUUCUGUUUGCUUUGCUCAUACAUCCAUCAAUUUGUGA